UGAUUGCUUCUGUUUAGCAAAUUGUUAAUUAGUCAUUAAAAUGUUGCGUUACCUAAUUGGCUUCGUUUUGGUUAUAGGGCUUAGUCAGGUCCAGGGUCUGUACGAGCCAAGUCAGCCCGCGUAUGUGGAAUCUCUGGCCAGUCGCCCAGAGGCUCGUAUUGUCGCUGGCUGGCCAGCUGAGGAUGGGCAGAUCCCUCAUCAGAUCAGCUUGCGGAUGGUGGGCGUUACCGGUGGAGUAUCAUCAUGCGGUGGUUCCAUCAUCCAUCACAACUGGGUGAUAACAGCCGCUCACUGUCUUGCCAACCGCAACACGUUCGUCGUACGAUUGGGAUUAACAAACCUCACGAGAGCCGAGUACGUGGUGGAAUCCACCAGGAAGUACAUCCAUCCACUUUACCGUGAGAACUUGAACGUGGUCCAGACUCACGACAUCGCUCUAGUUGGCUUAGACCAGAGCAUUCCUUACGGACCAUAUAUCCAACCCUGCCGCCUUCAGAACAGUGAACAAAAGGCCCUGGACUAUACUGGCGUUAUCUUCACCGUGAGCGGUUAUGGGAGAACAGACGAUCUGUGGAACGGUGGUGCUGCAUCAGAGAUCCUUCGCUGGGUGUUCCUCAGAGGUAUCACCAACGAGGAAUGUCUGAUGUGGUACCCUGGAAGCAGCGUCAUCAGAGAGCAGACAAUCUGUGCCGAAUCAUACAACGAUACUGCCCAAUCAUCCUGCCAAGGUGAUAGUGGUGGCCCUCUGACGUUCGUGGAUGUUGAUGGACGUCCCACAAUGGCUGGUGUCGUGAGUUUUGGAUCAUCCGCUGGCUGCAAUGGUCCUCAUCCAUCAGCCUACGUCCGCCCUGGAUACUACCACGAUUGGUUCAAGACAGUUACUGGCUUGGACUUCGAUUGGAGCAGCUCAGACCUUGAGGCACAACCAGAGCCAGAAACAGAGUUGCAACAAGAUGUAGCAUACCUCGAAAGCCCUGUUGACAUUUUCAUGUGAAAUAGAAGGAAUAAAUGCUUAUUGACAUAA